AUGCCAACAUGCCAGAUGCUGGGCAGCACAAGCUUCUUUGCGAUGCUACGUGCAGAGACGUCGAGGCCAACAAUGGUUCACAAUGGGGACGGCCUAUGCGGAGUAGAUCACAACAAUUCCAGGAGACUGCAAGUGACACAUGUAAGGUGGGUCGGUUUUGGUCCUUCUGUAUGUAAGCAUGUGAGGUACGAGUGA